AUGACCAACGCAUCCGAAGCAAGUGCUGAACACUUCGUAGCCAAUAUUCUUCCCCUCUAUCAUGGCCCUUCCGUCAAGGUUCGAAUACAGCCUAGCAACAAAGAGUAUGCAAUUUUCAAAAACCUUCUCUGCGCGGAAUCGCCGGUCUUCUCAAGAAUGUUCAACGGUGAAUUUCUAGAGUCGCAGCAGCAGACAGCCACUCUAGAAGAGACCGAGGAUGACAUCUCGGUGCGUAGCCUUGAAGCACUCUUUCAAUGGCUUUACCUACACACUAUCGAAUUUGGGAUAGAAGACCCAGGAGAGCAUAUCUCAGCCGCCAUGGAGCUCGCACGGCUUGCAGACAAGUACGAUAUUGUUGGCUUGGAGGCCACAAUGGCCCAAUACAUCAAGAACAUCUUAAAAUCCAACCCUCAUCCAGAGAACCGUGCUGCUUCGCGAAAUGUGGAUUACAACACUUAUUAUCUUACACAUGAUCAUAUUGCCUCAGCAACCUUGUUGCCUCGAGGGCAUCCGGUGCGAAGUGUUCUAGCUGCAGCAUCUGUUGAUGGCUUCCUUCGAAGCCCAGAAGACAAGUUCAGCGAAGAGAUUCACGCCUACCCUUCGUUCGGAGCUGACCUUCUCCAAGAGACUAUGCUUGUCCUACAUACGGUGAAGCCCCUUCAGGCUGCCACUUUUGAGGACCCUAUCAGCGGGGAAAGAUCACAGCUAAACUCGAACGUAUAUUACCAGGAGUAA